CAUAGCCUCACAUCGAGUCACAUUCCCAAUUAAAAUCGUUUCUGGUGAUAGCUGAAAAUGACCAAUACGGAUCUGAAAGCCUUGGAGCUGCUGUUCCAGCGUCCCCUGGAGCCGGUGUUCACCACUCGGGACCAGGGAAAGGUGGUGCUCGAGCUGCCGGACAGCUUCUACACGGAUCGCUAUCGCAACGACACUGUGGCAGUGUCCAAUCGUUUCUCGCAGGAUGUGGACCUGAAGAUCCCCGUGCAGGAGUUGGCCAACAAGCCAAACCUGGACUUUGCCAAGAAGUUGGGCCGGAAGAACCAGUUCUCGCUGUUCAACGAUCGCCACAAGGAGAUCGCCAGUCAGCUGAUCACCUUGUUCAUGGGUGCCCCCAAUCUGAAGCAGUUCGUGGCCCUGGCAGCCUACACGAAGGAUCGCCUGAAUCCGGUUCUCUUCCAGUACUCUUAUGCCGUCGCCAUUGCCCAUCGCCCGGAUACGCGUGAAGUGCCCAUCACCAACAUUUCGCAGGUGUUCCCCAGCAACUUUGUGGAGCCCUCCGUCUUCCGCGAUGCCCGGGAGGAGGCGGCGGUGAUCGGCGACAGUGGGGAGCGUAUCCACGUGGACAUACCGCGCAACUACACGGCUUCGGACCGCGAGGAUGAACAGCGCCUGGCGUACUUCCGCGAGGACAUCGGCGUCAACAGCCAUCACUGGCACUGGCACUUGGUGUACCCCACCACCGGGCCCAUGGAGGUGGUCAACAAGGAUCGUCGUGGCGAGCUCUUCUACUACAUGCACCACCAGAUCCUGGCCCGCUACAACGUUGAGCGGUUCUGCAACAACCUGAAGCGCUUGCAGCCGCUGAACAAUCUGCGAAUCGAGGUGCCCGAGGGCUACUUCCCCAAGAUCCUCUCCAGCGUGAACAACCGCACGUAUCCGGCUCGAGUGUCCAAUCAGCUCCUCAAGGACGUGGACCGCGAGGAUGCUAGCAUUGAGAUUGGCGAGGUGGAGCGCUGGCGCGAUCGUGUCCUGGCUGCCAUCGAUCAGGGAUUUGUCGAAGAUGCUUCUGGCACUCGCACUCCCUUGGACGAUGUCCGGGGCAUCGAUAUUCUGGGCAACAUGAUCGAGGCAUCGCCGGUGCUGUCCAUCAACAGCCAGUUCUACGGCAAUCUGCACAACCAGGGCCACACCAUCAUCUCGUACGCCCACGACCCCGAUGCACGGCACUUGGAGGAAUUCGGCGUGAUGGGGGAUGUGACCACGGCCAUGCGUGAUCCGAUCUUCUACAGGUGGCACGGGUUCAUUGACUCCAUUUUCAACAAGUUCAAGGCUCGCCUGGAUCCCUACAAUGCCGCCCAGCUGGGCUUCGACGGCGUCAGCGUGACCUAUGUGGAGGCGAAGAUCGGCAAGGGCAAUGCCAGGCCGAACACCCUGCUCACCUACUGGCAGAAGUCCAGUGCGGAUCUUGCCGCUGGCCUGGACUUUGGCCCGGCCGCUGACGGCAACAUCUUUGCCUCGUUCACCCACUUGCAGAACGCUCCCUUCACCUACACCUUCAACGUGACCAACAAUGGGGCACGCCGCACGGGCACCUGCCGCAUCUUCAUCUGCCCCAAGGUGGAUGAGCGCAACCAGCCGUUGCGACUGGAGGAUCAGCGACUCAUGGCCAUCGAGAUGGACAAGUUUACCGUCGAACUUAUGCCUGGAGAGAACACCGUUCGUCGCCAAUCCACGGAGUCCUCGGUGGCCAUUCCCUUCGAGCGCUCCUUCCGGCCCAUCGGCGCCGCCUACCAGCCCAAGGCCGCCGAUGAGCUGGCCCGCUUCCGUUUCUGCGGUUGCGGCUGGCCGCAGCAUCUGCUGCUGCCCAAGGGCAAUGCCCAGGGCAUGCUCUUCGAUCUAUUCGUCAUGAUUUCCGACUACUCGCAGGACUCUGUGCAGCAGCCCAAUACACCCAACGAUGCCUGCAGCACCGCCUACUCCUUCUGCGGCCUCAAGGACAAGCUGUACCCGGACAGACGCACCAUGGGCUUCCCCUUCGACAGGCGCCUGCCCAAUGCCAAUCUGACUGAGCUGGUCGGCGCCUUCCAGAACAUGGCCAAGACCGAUCUGAGGAUAGUGUUCAACGACCGUGUGGUGGACAAGCCCUAAACCAUUGACGACGCGGACCCAUUAAACCAAGCUGAACUUAACGGAAAUGACCCUGAACUUUAAUCUUUCUAUAGCUACGUAUAUUUGUGCACCAUUCGCUGUUGUUUUGUAGGUACCUAGUUUUUUUUUAAAUAUAUUCCAAAAUAUCCCAAAAAA